UGUCGCGGAGGAGCGGGAGCAUCCCUGAGCGGGCUUUGCCUCAUCAGGAGGCAAGAGCAAUCCCGCUGUGCUUAUCUACCAGCUCUGUCAGCACAAAAACCCAUGGCACCUUCCUAGGAGUGUAAUUAAAAAAAAAAGGUCGAUCUGGCAAACUUAUCCUUCUUCCCCUUGGAUUUGUGCUGGGGGCUUUAAAAACCCCACAGAAAACAAAACAUUCUUUUUCCUCCUGGCUCAUGCUCUCGGACUCUUCGGAAUUUCCAAGGCUGCCGCUGGCGCUGGAGGGCGGCAGAACCGCCCCGCUCCCGCCCUGCUCCGCGCCCGCCGCCGUUUGAACAGGGACAUGGCGGCCGGCGCGGGGCCGGCGGUGCUGCCCGAGGAAUGGCGGCUGUACCUCGUCUCCUCCCGAGUGGCCACCUUCCGCAACUGGCCCUUUACCGAGGGCUGCGCCUGCACGCCCGAGCGGAUGGCGGCGGCGGGUUUCGUGCACUGUCCCAGCGAGAACAGCCCCGACGUGGCGCAGUGCUUCUUCUGCCUCAAGGAGCUGGAGGGGUGGGAGCCCGACGACGAUCCCCUGGAGGAACACAAAAAGCACUCUCCGGGCUGUGGUUUUCUUUCCCUUCCGAAAGAGCCUGCUAACCUGACACUACAGGAGUUCCUGAAGCUGGACAAAAUGCGAAUCAUAACGGCAAUUAAAAAAGAGAUUUCUCAGAAGAUGACCGAGGUCGAAGAUGCAGCCAAGAGCACACGUUCUAAAAUAAAGAAUCUGGCCUAGACUGCUGCAGCUUCACA